CGGCUGCCUCUCGCCCGUCUGGUAGGCGCGCUCGCGUUACUAUACGCACACAAACAUGGCGGCCAACGCUUCACCGUUACGCUCCUCCUUCAGGAUUUGCAGUCCGUUUAGCGUAAGCUAUCACUGCUGCCGGGCCGCACUACGGCUCCACAGGAAGCACGACAGUCCGAGGAGACAUUUCCAACAGUCUGCGAUCAGGCAUGCAGCGGUGGUGAUUUCUGGAACAGAGUUGGCUCGUAAGCUCCACAGGGAGAUCCAGCGGGAUGUGGAGGAGCUGGUGUCUCAGGGUAAUGUGAGACCCCAUCUAGGAGUGGUUUCAGUUGGAGACGACCCCGCCAGUCGCACCUAUGUUAGGAAUAAGACUCGGGCAGCCAGCAUCCUGGGCAUUUCCAGCGACACGGUGGUGCUGCCAAGCUCAGUGUCGCAGGAGAAGCUGCUUGAGCUGAUCGACAAGAUGAACCGCGACUGGAAGGUCAGCGGCCUGUUGGUCCAGCUACCGCUUCCAGAACACAUCAACGAGCGAGCAGUCUGUAACGCCAUCGCUCCAGAGAAGGAUGUGGACGGCUUCCAUAUCGUCAACAUUGGAAAGCUGUGCUUGGAUCAGAGAUCCAUGAUUCCGGCCACACCUGCAGCUGUCUGGGAGAUCAUAAAAAGAGCAGGCAUCGAAACGGCGGGAAAAAACGUCCUUGUCGCCGGUCGCUCCAAAAACGUCGGUAUGCCCAUCGCAAUGUUGCUGCAUAGCGAUGGCAACCACGAAAGACCCGGAGGUGACGCGACAGUCACCAUCGCCCACAGGAGAACGCCGAGGGAACGUCUCAAGGAGCUAACGAAUCUGGCUGAUAUCAUUGUUGCAGCCGCAGGGGUUCCUGGACUGAUCACCGCUGAUAUGGUGAAAGAGGGGGCAGCUGUUAUUGACGUAGGCAUAAACCGCAUCCAGGAUCCAAAAACGGGGAAAGUCCGGCUCAUCGGCGACGUUGACUUUGAAGGAGUAAAGGAGAAGGCAGGUUUCAUCACACCGGUUCCUGGAGGCGUGGGGCCAAUGACUGUGGCCAUGCUGAUGAAGAAUACUGUGAUCGCAGCCAGAAAUGCACUAAUGCAUUAAAGUUAUCACACUGCUAUUUAUUUAAAUGAACAUUAAUGCAAAUGUUUACUUAAAACACUCAUAUAUUCAGACAUCUGUAUAUGUUUGUACAUGCUCCUUUUUCAACUCCAACUUCAUAUUCUCUGGGGAAUUACCCUGAUAUAAAUAUUAUGUUUAUAAGAUUAUUUAUUUAAGUUAAUUAUUAUAGUUAUUUCAGAUUUUAAUAUUUGAAUUUUUUUCUACUGAAGCCAGUUUGGUUUAUUUGAAGUGUUCUUCUGAGAUAAAAAAUACUAAAUACUAAAUUAAAUACUUGUGCAAUGAAA